UGCAAUAUAUACGCAAGGUGGCGCGCGGAAAGGGAGCUGGGAACCAGCUUACAGCCAGGUCAUGUAUGUGGGACACGUGCGACACAUAACCGUGUUGAGAGCCUGGAUUGGUGGAGCGAAAAGAUAUUUGACAACCGCGACAGUUAAAGGGAUAAGUAGUAGAGGCUCGUGUAUUUCAUCAGCUCUGAAUUCACAUUUCCAGGGACAGCCAGUCAUAAAUAGGAGAUCUCAGCGAGGAUUAUCCACAGAGUCAGAGAUGAAUGGAGACCGCUGUAAUGACAAAACUCUGCGUGUCGAGCGUGACAGUUUUGGGGAGUUAAAAGUGCCAUCUGACAAGUAUUAUGGCGCAAACACAGCACGGUCUCUUGUGAACUUCGAUAUCGGCGGCGAAACAGAAAAGAUGCCGGUUCCGGUCAUCCAAGCAUUCGGCAUCUUCAAGAGAUGUGCGGCAAAGGUCAACACAAAGUUUGGCCUGGAUCCUAAGCUGGCAGAAGCCAUCCAACAAGCUGCUGAAGAGGUAGCAAAGGGUGAGCUUAACGCCCACUUCCCCCUGGUAGUGUGGCAGACAGGGUCAGGGACUCAGACCAACAUGAAUGUGAACGAGGUGAUCAGCAACCGGGCCAUUGAGAUCCUUGGGGGCACCAUGGGAACCAAAACACCUGUACAUCCUAACGACCAUGUCAACAUGAGCCAAAGUUCAAACGACUCCUUCCCUACAGCUAUGCAUAUAGCAGUAGCAACGGAAAUCAACAACCGUUUGUUGGUUAACCUCCAACAGCUGCAUGAAGCACUCGGGGCCAAAUCCAAAGAGUUUGCAGACAUCAUCAAGAUAGGAAGGACUCACACACAGGAUGCUGUCCCCCUUACUCUGGGCCAGGAGUUCAGUGGCUACACCCAGCAGAUGGCGUAUGGGAUAGAGAGGGUACAGGCCACAUUGCCCCGCGUACAGGAGCUUGCAGCUGGAGGCACAGCCGUUGGUACUGGACUCAAUACAAGGAAAGGCUUUGCUGAGAUGGUGGCUGCUGAGGUGUCUCAGUACACAGGGUUGUCUUUCAUGACUGCCAACAACAAAUUUGAAGCACUUGCCGCCCAUGAUGCCUUGGUAGAGGUCCAUGGAGCACUGAAUGUGGUGGCGUGCAGUUUGAUGAAAAUAGCCAAUGACAUCCGCUUCUUGGGGUCUGGUCCUCGGUGUGGGCUGGGAGAAAUCUCACUGCCAGAGAAUGAGCCUGGGAGUAGCAUCAUGCCAGGCAAAGUGAACCCUACCCAGUGUGAAGCUAUGACAAUGGUGGCCGCCCAAGUUAUGGGCAAUCAGGUUGCUGUCUCCAUCGGUGGAAGUAAUGGACACUUCGAGCUCAAUGUCUUCAAGCCCAUGAUUGUACGGAACGUACUCCAGUCAAUCCGUCUGCUUGCGGAUGCGAGCCUGUCCUUCACCAAACACUGUGUCACUGGCAUCAAGCCAAAUAGAGAAAGGAUAAGCCAACUGAUGAACGACUCUCUCAUGUUGGUCACGGCCCUCAACCCUUACAUUGGCUAUGACAAUGCAGCAAAGGUCGCGAAACAUGCACAUAAAGAAGGAACAACCUUGAAACAAGCAGCUCUUGACCUUGGUGUUUUGACAGAAGAAGAGUUUGAUAAAUAUCUGAAGCCUGAGAUGAUGCUCGGCCCCAAGUGAGAAGUUCUGUUACAACUAUAGUGUAUGAUAAUCAGAAAUGCUGUGUUCAUGAUGGUAUUUGGGUUUUGUUGUCAAAUUAUACAGGAAAGUAUUCUUUUGUUGGUAUAUAAACUGAAAUUCAAAAGAAAGUACUCACCUGGUUCUAUGGAAUUAUUUUCCCCAAAACAUAUUUUUGAAAAGGUGUGGACUUUCUUUUGUAUAUUAGUUUGUUUGUUAUUCCUGGCAGAAAGUGGUAUUUUGUUUUCUAUGUAGCAUAUUGAUAUAUUAUUUUGAAGUACAUGUUUUUAUCAAAUAUGAGGAAGGACUGUAUCAAAUAUCGAGACAAUCAAAUUUGGUAAUUAUCAAGAACGUGUUGAAUGAACGUAUAUAUUUGAAAGGGAAUCCAGGAGGGACACUUAGACAUAUGAGAAUCUCACCCAAGUGUCUUCUGAUAUCAACACGAGUUGAUAAAGUUACAAAUA